AUGGAGGUGCCCAAAGCCCGGGGAGCAGGCAGAUCUGGUCCACGCCGACGGACAGGUUGUUUGACGUGCCGGGCUCGCAAGGUUCGCUGUGAUGAGACAAAGCCGAGCUGUUCAAAUUGCGAUCGUCUACGCCUGCAUUGCGCCUACAAACCGCCCAUCGCCCUCGGUAGCCCAUGGUCGGCCUCGUCUCGACUAACCCACGACCAAACCACAACUGCAGUGGCACAUGCGAUCUCACAAACUGGACCGGCACCAGCGCUGGGUCCGAAUACGGCGGCGGCGGUCGUUGCGGCUGCCUCGCAGCGCUCGCCUGACAUCAACUUCUUUAACACCGUGCUCCGCUCUGACGAGCAACAUCGUGGAAUCGCCGCGCCCGCAGCGCCAGUCCGAGGGUUACCGACAGACCCUGUUUCGUUUCCGCCUGAAUUGGGAGGCUCGUUUGAUAUGCUUGGAUUCAUGGGAGGAAUCACGUCCGAGUUGGAGCAGAAACAUCUCGACUUGACGAGCGGAUUAGCCGCAUUCACAACUAGCCAAACACCCCGAUCAUUAGCGGCAGGUAUCGCAGUGGCUACGUCGGAAGAAGGGCAGCUUGUGGGUGAGCGACGGUCACCGCUAAGUCCGGAUGGCUCAUCCUCGUUGGUAGAUGGAGUUUCCAUUGGUAGUGCCUCGGACGCUGCGACUACCCGCGGGAGCUGGCCUGAUCCUGGUAGCACUACGUACGAGGAGCAGCUUAUCCAGCAUUUCCUAGCGAUUGAUCCGCCAGCAGCAAUAUUUGGGCCGGUGAUGAUGGAGUGGAAAUACGUUCGGCCGUCGAUUCUCGCUCAUGCGCGAGACUAUGGCCCGCUUUUGAAUGCGUUAUACUGUUACUCGGAUAUUCACAAGGCGAUGAUAGAAGGGAAACAAUGGCGAUGGGCGCCGACUUACUACCGAGUAGCAAGCUCGGAGAUUCAGGCGUGUCUUCAAGGGGAGGUAACCGAUGCGACCUUGGUUAAAGUAUUUGCGACAGUGUUCUUUUUGAUGUUAUCGGAGGUUUUCUCAUCGCCGGAACUUUGUGCUCCCGGCACAUCAUAUCUUCAUUCCGCCUAUCUUCUUCUUCAAAGAUUCGAUGAUCGCACUCAAGCCUGGACUGGCUUGGGACAUCUAUUGGUCUCAUGGGUCUCACUGCUUGACGUGAAAUCACUUAUCGCGGGCCGUGACGGCGAUCCAUUAACUGGUUUAGGCCAUAUAGCCGAGCAUGAGCAAGUAGGAAGAAUACCAGAGCAACCCCGAGGAACGGCUUCACCUGAAGAACGCAAAAUGGAAGACAGCAACGAAGACCCAUUCCGCAGCCCCAGCUAUCUUGUCUACGAGGCCAUUGUUGGCCCGGCAUUCCGCUUUUUCUUUAAAGCACAGCAGAUCGUCCGACGCAUCGUCUGUAUCGACCUUCAUCAUCGCAGCCGUGGCACACUAAGCGACGAAUUCGAAGUCCUCCAGAUCGCCCACAAAGUGGGAGCAGACCUCGAGACACUCUGGCACCGUCGACCCUCCGUGAUUGAUGUCUACGGUAAUCCAGAUGCCUUGACUGAUACGCUCUGUGCACCAGUCGCCCACGAAGUCUGCCGUACUUUCAGGCAAUACAUGGCCACUUUUCUAGCAAAUUUCAUCUACCUUCACCGCGUGGCGUUUGCUAUUUACCCGCGCACUGACCGCGUCAAUGGCGCCGUCAAACAAAUUAUUCAUCUCGCCACGGUCGAAUCCGCGGGCUUGGAAUCCGGACAUCUGCCGGUUAGCUUUUUAUGGCCAUUAUUUGUAGCUGGUCUGGAAGGCUCUCCCGAGCAACGGCAGUGGAUUGUCCAGGAAAUGCAGCGGAUGGUGGCAAGUCCUGACUCGGACCCGGCCAGCUCCAUUACAUGUCAUCCCUCUGCCGAGAAAGUCAUUGUACUAUUGGAGGAGAUGUCGCGGAGACAAGAUGUGUCGCGCUCAUGGGCGGACUCACGGUGUGUGCGGCGGGAGUUGUUUACGGAUUUCUUUUUUAUGAUCUAA